AUGUUGCCAACGAAAAUUGAGUUAAGACAAUCUAAAAAUAUUACGAUUCAAAAAGUAUCACAAAUUGAUCAUAUGAAGAUGCUUUUCCAAGGAAUAGAAAUUGAAAAAAGCUCAUAUGAAGACUCUAAAAAUUUCUUCGAUUCUUGCGGCAUUUCAAAUAAGACAAAAACGCAUGUAAUGUUUUGUGAAAUCAUCAAGGAAAAAGCUUCGAUUGAAUAUGAUAUUACGAAAUUGAAACCGACCGCAGAAUUACAUUUAGCUAUUGAAGAAGCAUUAGCAUCUAAUGAACCGAUUGAAAACUUAAAUUUUGUUUUUCAAAAGUUUGGAUAUUUUUUCACCACAAAAGUAAUAAUUGGCGACAAGUUGACUCGAAGCGUCCGUUUUACCGGAAAAAAGUAUUCAGAUUGUUCGGGAUUAAAAGAUAAAAACCUAUUUGGAACUCAUAUUUUUGAUAAAUUUUCGGAGAAAGAAAAAUUAUUGGAACAAUGGAAAGAACAAAUCAAACCGAUCAAUUCUUCUUUUAUGCUAACGAUUAAUGGUGAUAUUGUUGAGCGAAGUGAUAUUCCGAAAUGGCUCGAAAGUAAAGAAUCAGAUUGGAAUAUUGUAAAACGUGUUGUUAUACCGUUAUAUAAGAUCCUUGAUAUCAAACAACAAUUUAAAAUCAAAAAUCUCCUUACAAAAGAAAACCGUGUUCUCAUGAAAAAGGAGACUUUGCUUAUAGAUGCAUCCAAAAGUUACCAUCGAUGUAUUUUCAAUGAACCAUUAAAAAGCUAUAAUUAUCAAGUCUUUGGAAAGAUAGUGUCUCUUGCAGAAGCUGAUAUUGAUGUGCAAUUUAGUUGUAAAUCAAAAUCUGGAUUCUCGGUGAAUUGGAACAAAAAAAUAGAGGAGGAAGGGCCAAUUACGUUUCAAUGGAUGUUAAUUGGUUGUCCAAGCGAAAUUGGGUAUUAUGACUCUAAAACUCGUAAUGUUUCAGUAAAAAUGGGUUUUACCAAAUUAAAACUUGAACCUAAAAAUGAAAUAGAAGCUAAAAAUGAGCUAAAAUCAUGGUAUAAACAGAUUGAUGUCGGAAUAACUUUACAGCAACAGCAUGCUAUAUCAAUUGAUGUUGAGUGUGCUUCAACCGUCAAUAGAUUAAUAUUCUUUCAAUCGGCCUAUUCAAUAAUUUCUGCAUCAGUCAUCGAAAUACGAGUUGGGACAAACGAAGCUGAGAUUCUUAAAUUAUUGAAAAAAGAUACAGAAUUUCUCGUCAAUAUUCGUUGGUGUGUUACGUUCGAAGAGCUAGUGCCACAAUAA